CUGGUGUGGAAUGCUGUCACUCAGCCCUGUUAGGCAUUCUCCCCUCUUUCCUGAUGUUACCCACUCAGCUGCCCAAACAUUGAGUAUCCUUGGUCUUAGUUAAAACAAGUUACCAAUUGCAGCCCCACCUGAAGCAACCCUUCACCUGGUGGGGCUCUGCCCUCUUAAGAUAAAUGAAAGGUGACAACCAACCACCCAGCCUGGAGGUGGAGCCUGACCAGCGUCUAGACAAUCAGGCUCCUGGGGGGUGGCGUGCCACAUGGUGAUAGAGCUGGGCCGCUGGUUGUUGGGGGUGAGUAGCUCGUUUGGGCCACUUAAAGAGACCUAGUUUCUAAAGGAUGAGGGCUGGGAGUCAAAUUUUGGGGAGAUGGUGAUUUCACUGACCCGGAAGAGCAACCUCCAGCAUCAGGCUUCCCGGCGUGAUUGGUUGGGGAAGCAGGCUGCUGCCGGUUCCACAGGCUCCGCAGCGUUCCUCUAGCAAAGGGGUUGAAGUCUGUUCCCGCCCGGGGGAGUCUGGCACGUUGCCGCGGCUUCCAGCGAGAGGGGCAGGCCCCCGCCGCGCGUGUGGGGAGGGGCGGCGGGAAGAGUCGCCAUCUGGAAGCCAUGGCGCGGAGCUCCGGGGCCGCGGGGCCGCCACAAGCUCCCCUCUGACUGUCACACACCAUGCCCUUCAGCCUCUCCCGGCGAUUUCUCGUAGCCGCCCUGCUACUGGUGAUUGUUUGGACCCUCCUGGGGCUUUCCGGUAUCGAGGAGGAGCUGCUGAGCCUCUCGCUAGCCUCCUUGCUUCCAGCCCCAGCCUCGCCCGGGCCGCCCCUAGCCCUGCCCCGCCUCUUGAUCCCCAACGAGGCCGCCUGCAGGACUCCCGGCGCCCCACCCUUCCUGCUUAUCCUGGUGUGCUCCGCCACGGAGAACCUCAACCAAAGGAACGCCAUUCGGUCCUCAUGGGGCAGGCUGCGGGAGGCCCAGGGGCUCAGGGUGCAGACUCUCUUUUUGCUGGGAGAGCCGAGCAGGGGGCAUCCUGCCUGGGACUCGGAGCACAAGGAGCUGGCCCUCGAGUCUGAAGCCCACGGGGACAUCGUGCAGGCAGCCUUCCAGGACUCCUACCGCAACCUUACUCUCAAGACCCUCAGUGGACUGAACUGGGCAGAGAAACACUGCCCCAUGGCCCGCUACAUCCUCAAAACUGAUGACGAUGUGUUCGUCAACGUCCCUGAACUGGUAUCAGAGCUGCUCCGGCGAGAGGGACACUCGCAGCGAUGGCAGAGGGGCCAAGGAGGGCUUGAGGUGGGACAUGAACAAUGGGAAGGACACUUCACCUUGGGGCACCAGCCCGUGCCUCUUUUGUACCUGGGCCGUGUACACUGGCGGGUGUACCCCUCUCGGACACCGGGGUACAAGCACCAGAUAUCAGAGGAGCAGUGGCCUCCCACCUGGGGUGCCUUUCCACCCUAUGCCUCUGGCACAGGCUAUGUGUUGUCUGCUUCCGCUGUGCAGCUUGUGCUCAGAGUGGCCAGCCGGGCACCCUCUCUGCCACUGGAGGAUGUCUUUGUGGGGGUGAGUGCCCGACGAGGAGGCCUCUCCCCAACCCACUGUGUCAGGCUAGCUGGUGCCACCCACUACCCCCUGGACCGGUGCUGCUAUGGGAAGUUCCUGCUGACCUCCCACAAGUUGGACCCCUGGAAGAUGCAGGAAGCCUGGAAGCUGGUGGGCAGCUCCAAAGGGGGUAGGACUGCACCCUUGUGCUCUUGGUUUCAGGGAGUCCUGGGCAUCACGCGUUGUCGGAUAAUAGCCUGGCUUCACAGCUGAGUGCUGGGGCCACAGGUGGAGGAGCUGAGGGCCUAUCCACCAUCUUCGGACCCUCAUGACCUUUUCUCACAGGCCCAAGACUGGGCCCUCACUGGUGGCAAUCAUAAUUUUCUGUCCGGAUGUUUAGUACUAGAGACUGAAGAAUAGAGGAGAAACCUAGGGGACUGGUCUGCCAACCCCAAGAUGGUCAUCAGGAAGAACAAAGAAAUGCUGGAGCUGUCCCCUCCAGCCAUGGCAGAAGAGGGACACACGCCCCUCAAUAAACUUGUCUUUCUACCUCUUCAAGUGUAGUGUGUUCCUCACCAGGAUCCCCAGAACACAAACCUGGAGAGCCUAGAGACUGCCAGGACUGCUCAAAGGAUGUGGGUGGCAGAGGGCAGCCUCUCUGAGGAGGAAGACCUCUAAAGAGCAAGGCUAAGGCCACAGCAACUGCAAUGGGUAAGGGUGGAGGCAGGAUACCCAAACCCCUCAGAUCCUAAAGUAGCUCCAGGCUGGACCAGGGAAGAGGAACAAGGAUGAUCCAGACACAGUAUCUAAAAAAAAAAACCACCUUCCUCUUUAAUGCCAACCCACCCCUGGAACCAGAUGUCUGCCCCAGUCAGGGACUGGGCUCACGACCCCCUCUUUAUUCCAGGAAACAGGCUCAUUUCCCCAAAAGCUAUCUUAGGGAGAGAUGAUUUUCAUGCCACCCUGGAGCCUGGCUCAGCGUACAAAUCUAUCCAGGACAGAUGGCCGGUGCCCAGUAGGCUUCGCCUUAUCUUGCUUCUGUGGCUGCUGUUCAAGGCUCUGACGGACUUUGUCCUGGUGGGGGGAAGGGAAUGGGGGAGGUGAGACGGGCAGGCUGGACAGGCCAGAGGCACAAACAGAGGCACAAAAUGCUCAUUUACCCGGUGUUCCUCAUCCAUGACCUUCCUCUUCCUCUUUACCAGGCUUGCUGUUGAGCUGCGCCCCUUCUGCUUUGGCCUUGGUUGGAAGGGGGCCUUGGCUUCUGGGUCAUAGCCCUAGAAGAGUAGAUAGUAAAAUCCACAAAAGCCCCAGAGGCAAGGAACUGGCAGUACCCAACAACUCACCCGAGCUUUGGGGAUAUGGGGAGAGGUGUGGGGGUGAGAGGAGCGCCGUACCAGCCUCUCUAUCCGCUCCUUCUUUUCCUGCUCCAAAGAGAUGACAUCAACCUCUGCCAGGGCUCGUGGAUCUAGACAAAUGAGCUCUGCAGGGACCUGGAGGUAUCACAGAGGGACAAAAAUGGGUAAGGAGUCACAAGAGGAAGACCCCCAAGAGGAACAGAAGCCAGAGACCACCAUUCCCACAACCCCCAGUAUGGGGAGCUUUCCCUACCCUCAACCCCAGACCACACGCAAGCACGUCCUCACCUUCUCUAACAGGGCCUUCACCUCCCACUCCUGGCGCUGCUUCCUGCUCCUGUAUGGGUUACUCUCCAGGCCGUCAAAGUUGGGCUCAGCAGCCCCUGGCGGGAGGAAGGAGCAUGGAGCCAUCAAUAGGAACUCUUGUCCAGCAGCUCCAGCCUGACCAAGCCCUGCCUGUGGCUCUCAGGCCUACUCUAGUUUCCAUCCUGAGUUCAUUUACUGUGAGUCCCAUCCCCGGGCCCACUUACCAGGGACCAGCAUGCUGGUGAUGCCCCCACUGUGCCCGACCCCUAGCACAUCUUCAAAGGGGCAGA